UGAAGACGUUCAAAAUAAAAAAACCUAUUCGCUAGGCAGGGGUGCAGGCUAGCGCUGCGAAUACACAGCGCCGCUCGCAGCUAAACAGGCUCGCUGGCGUUCAUGUGAUUUUGGCCUGUUGGAGGGAGGCAUCGACACAUCUUGCCGCAACACUUCCUCUUUGAAAGGUCUACCCCUGAGUUGCGUUGCCUGCUUCAAAGCACGAACCAGUCCACAACAAACAGCGAAGAGGAAACCUAGACAGAAAGCUAAAGGAGAGACGGGAUCUCCUGCUAAUAAUUUCCAGAGGUUGUGCUUGAUUUUAAGAGUGCAAGGUGCUCGGAUUCUUCAGCAACAUGGGGGAACUCUUCAGAAGUGAGGAGAUGACGCUGGCCCAGCUCUUCCUCCAGUCAGAAGCUGCCUACUGUUGUGUCAGUGAACUGGGAGAGAUUGGGAUGGUGCAGUUUCGUGAUCUAAAUCCUGAUGUGAACGUGUUCCAGCGAAAGUUUGUCAAUGAAGUACGACGAUGUGAAGAGAUGGAUCGCAAACUGAGAUUUGUGGAGAAAGAAAUAAAGAAGGCGAACAUCCCAAUAGUUGACACAGGAGAAAACCCUGAAGUCCCCUUCCCAAGGGACAUGAUCGACCUGGAGGCCACAUUUGAGAAGCUUGAGAAUGAGCUGAAGGAAAUAAACACUAACCAAGAAGCCCUAAAGAAGAACUUCCUGGAACUGACUGAGCUCAAGCACAUUCUGCGUCGCACGCAACAGUUUUUUGAUGAGAUGGAGGACCCCAGCUUACUGGAGGAUUCAUCCACCCCCCUGGAUCCCAAUGAGGUUAGCAGAGGGGCUCCUCUCAGACUGGGAUUUGUAGCUGGAGUCAUUGGCAGAGAACGUAUCCCCACAUUUGAGAGGAUGCUGUGGAGAGUUUGCAGAGGAAAUGUGUUUCUGAGGCAGGCAGACAUUGAAGAUCCUCUGGAGGACCCCACCACGGGCGACCAGGUCCACAAGUCUGUCUUCAUCAUCUUCUUCCAGGGAGACCAGCUGAAGAAUAGAGUCAAGAAGAUCUGUGAGGGGUUCAGAGCAACCUUGUACCCGUGUCCAGAAACACCCCAGGAGAGGAAAGAGAUGCUAGCAGGAGUGAAUGCUCGCAUUGAAGACCUGCAAAUGGUGCUGAACCAGACAGAGGAUCACAGGCAGAGGGUCUUGCAGGCUGCAGCCAAGACAGUCAGAGUGUGGUUCAUCAAGGUGAGGAAGAUGAAGGCCAUCUACCACACCCUCAACCUCUGCAACAUUGAUGUCACUCAGAAGUGUCUAAUCGCUGAGGUGUGGUGUCCCGUCUCUGACCUGGAUUCCAUCCAGUUCGCCCUCCGCAGGGGGACGGAGAAGAGUGGCUCCACUGUGCCUUCCAUCCUCAACAGGAUGCAGACCAAGCAGACCCCACCCACCUAUAACAAGACAAACAAGUUCACCUCAGGCUUUCAAAACAUUGUGGAUGCCUAUGGUAUCGGCAGCUACCGUGAGAUUAAUCCUGCGCCAUACACCAUUAUCACCUUCCCUUUCCUAUUUGCGGUCAUGUUUGGUGACAUGGGCCACGGGGUGCUCAUGACCUGUGCUGCCCUUUACCUUGUGUUGAGAGAGAGCAGGCUGAUUGCCCAGAAGAACGAAAAUGAGAUGUUCAGCAUGGUGUUUGCGGGGCGCUACAUAAUCCUGCUGAUGGGAAUCUUCUCAAUCUACACGGGCAUCAUUUAUAACGACUGCUUCUCCAAGUCCCUCAACGUUUUUGGCUCUGGCUGGAGUGUCAGGCCUAUGUUUGACACUCGAGUGGGAGGCAACUGGACGUUUGAAACGCUUGAUGGCAAUCGAGUUUUGCAGUUGGACCCAACAAUAGAUGGAGUGUUUAAAGGGCCCUACCCCAUUGGCAUCGAUCCGAUAUGGAACAUUGCCACCAACAAGCUAACAUUCCUGAACUCCUUCAAGAUGAAGAUGUCUGUUAUCCUGGGAGUCAUCCACAUGCUGUUUGGAGUCACACUCAGUCUCUUCAACCACCUGUAUUUCCAGAAGCCACUGAAUAUCUACCUGGGAUUUAUUCCAGAGAUUGUCUUCAUGUCCACUUUGUUUGGCUACCUAGUCAUUCUGAUAUUCUAUAAGUGGGUCGCAUACGAUGCACGCACCUCCAGGGAUGCUCCCAGUCUCCUCAUUGCUUUUAUUAACAUGUUCCUGUUCAACUACAACGACCCCAGUAACAAACCUCUCUACAGAGGACAGAUGGGUGUACAGUCACUCUUGGUGAUCGUGGCCUUGGCAUGUGUUCCCUGUAUGUUAGUAGUGAAAACCCUGAUUCUACGGAGACAGUACUUGUGGCGGAAAAAUUUGGGUACACAGAACUUUGGAGGGAUCAGGGUGGGCAACGGCCCCACUGAGGAUGAGGCUGAAAUCAUCCAGCAUGACCAGCUCUCACAGAGCUGUGAGGAAGAACCUGAGAGUUGCCUUUUGUCAACUGCUUUCAAGGCCUGCGAGGAGGAAGAGUUUAACUUUGCGGAUGUGGCAGUGCAUCAAGCAAUCCAUACCAUAGAGUACUGCCUGGGCUGUAUCUCAAACACUGCUUCCUAUCUGAGGCUUUGGGCCCUCAGUCUGGCUCAUGCACAGUUGUCAGAGGUGCUGUGGUCCAUGGUGAUGCACAUUGGCCUUUCUACCAGCAGCCUUGGAGGCUUCCUCCUUCUGGCCAUAGUCUUUUACUUCUUUGCUGUACUCACAGUUGCCAUUCUCCUCAUAAUGGAGGGCCUGUCAGCCUUCCUGCAUGCACUGCGACUGCACUGGGUGGAAUUCCAAAACAAGUUUUACUCCGGCCAGGGCUUCAAGUUCCUCCCCUUCACCUUCGAAAGCAUCUUGGAUGGGAGACUUGAAGACUGAGAUCUGACAUCUCUUCUUCUUCUUCUUCUUCUUCUAUUAAUGUCACUCAUGGUGUUGAAUAGUGACUUUUGAGUGGGGCAGUUUCCGAUAUCCUGGGUGUUACCACGACUUCACGAGUGGCCCAAGAUUAUCUGUCAGGCUGCCAUUUGUUUCGAACUUCUCAUCGUUUUCAGAAUCAGUAUCUAAAUCUGGAACAUCUACUCAGAAAUUACUGUUCAUUCAUCCAUUCCAGAGAAAAAUAGAGUUAACUAUAAUCUGUUAUGUGUCUUGUCUCGGUGAAGUCAUUUUGUUUUACCUGUGUUUUAUUUAGUUUAAUAUUAUUUAUGCAAAAUUCUUCAUAAAACCUGCAUUUUUCCUAUGUGGGAGUGUUGCAAUACCGAUCGUUAUAAACAAAUCUAAAUGUAAAUUUCUUGACCGAUGAUGCUGAUAAAUGCUUAUUCAGAGUAAUGCGAUAGAAGUCUUUUCCACAUUGUUGUAUCCAGAUUGCCGAUUUCUCUUCGUAUUGGCAUUAUUCUUCAGCAACAUCAGCUCAUCUGUUUAUUUCAGAACCACACGCCCACGUUGCGUACGCAGACAUCUCUAUUACACUGCACACUGACCUCUCACAUAGAGCUAUAAAGGUCUAAAGGGAAUACAGUUUAACCUACAUCAGGAUGUCAGUCAGCUCUUUGGAAAUGAAGAUGAACUGACUGUUUGAUCUUGCGUUGUGCUCUAACAUUUCUAUAGAUGCCCCCUGUGUUGAGUGCUCUGUUCUGUCAAUCUACAUGGAGAGAAUGAAGGGGAAUCCGUAGGUGGAUAGUAGGUGGAUGUUCUGUAACAAACAUGCUAAAAUGUUUUGACAUUGUCAAUAUUGCUGAGUUUUUGUUCCUUAUGCUGAUUCACUUUAUAUGUUUAAAGUUUAAACUGUUUUCCUCACACUUAGAAGGGAAGAACAUCAUACAGCAGACAUGUUCAAAUAGAAUUAAUUCCUCGGAAAUGGAUGAGCACCCACAUUAAUUGUGCAGCUCUUUUGUCAAUAAAGUGGAAAGAGCUGGUUUAA